CUGCUGGGGAUGUCUGCGCUGACGCUGCCCAACCCCAAGUACUGGGACUGCAACGAGAUCACGGUGACUCUGGAGCGUGCCGGGGUGGUCGGCACCAACUGCAUGCUGGGGUGCGCGGGCGCCCUGCUCGUGGAGCUGGGGCUGCAGACGUGGACCGCGGGCGGGGCCGAGGACUGGUGGGCGCCCAUGGGCAUCCUGCAGGCGGGCGUGGCGGGCGUCGUCAGCAACCUGUCCGGGGCGGACGUCUACAUGCCCGCGGUGGCCAUACUGGCCGGAGUGCUUGGCGGUCUCCUGCACGGGAUGCUGUACCGGCUGCUGCGCCGCACUCGCCUGGAAGACCCCGCCCACCUCGCCUCCACCCACGUGGCCUGCGGGAUGCUGUCCUGUGUCCUGUCGCCCCUGCUCGAGACCCGCCAGAGCUACGACCUGGACUCCUGGACCACCACGCUCAUCAAGUUCGCCUGGCAAGUGGCAGGGUUGGGUGUGGUCCUGGGCUUCACGCUGUUCCUCCAGGGCAUCUUCAUAGGGCUGCUGGCAUGGAUGGGCAUCCUGCGCAGUGAGCAAGACGAGGACCAGCCGCCCAGGGACCUGUCGAAGGCAGUGACCUUCCCGCAGAGACUGCAGCCGGCCAUCAUACAACCGCACGAGACCGUCUUGGAAGGGGAGAAGAACAUCGAGGCCUCCCUGCGCAUCGACCUUUGACCUCCUGGCGCGUCUGUUGGAGUCGACCCUUGAUUCAGCGCCGUCACACGUCCAGAGUCUCGGCACCAAUGUAGACCGCUCAUGACCGAAGAGAACGAAAUGUACCAUGGACAGUGUGGUUACAAUAUUUAUUUAUCUCUCUUUACCAAAUAUGCCUGGUUAUGUCAUACAACUUAUUAAUCUCCGCGCUCACAGCCGACAUAACUAACACCCAACAAGUUUAUAUCCGUAUGCAUAAGUGUACCUUUCAAAGUUCAUUCUCCCAACACACACCAAUUCAGCGAAACACAUUGAGAUUGUGUAAUGUACCAUUGCACUUGUACCAGUUUUCAUCCUUAUGUACAUGUUUUAUUAUUGAAACAUAGUCAAUUGUAAACAUCACUAGUCAACAAUUCUAUCGUUAAAAGAACUAGAGAAAAGCUUAUCACAACUUAUCGCAGUGAUUGUCGAUCGACGAGUGGCUACUUCACAUAAAAGGAGCAGUGCUUCACUACAGGACACUUUUGAACAUUCUGCUGAAUGAACGAACUUUAGCCAUUUUAGCCACAUCAUAUUUCCCAGGGUAGAUCUUUAAUAUGCGACUGAAGUCACACUGUAGAAAAGGUAAGAACUUAUUAUUAUUCUUUCAAAAGAAUAAAUUUAUUUUGGGGGAAGGGGGUGCAUUCCUGUUCAUUCCACUUCUGCCACUGUUGGAGGGUAUGCAGACAGUCGCUCUGUCAAAGAAACCAAUAUCCUUGUUGAAGGCAUUGUUUAAGUUACCAAUGUUGUAAAUACCUCUCAGAUUGGGAUCUGGCAAAGCGACCAGUUUCUCAAGAGAUAGAAACUGGCAAUAUGUCAGAGCAGUGAUGUUAUUGGGACCAGAGCUCAAGAUGCACAGGGAACUAGAGUUCAGGGCAGCUUUCACCUGCCCUAGAAAGGCAUAAAGUUCUUCGAAAGUGAUGGUUUGUUCGUCAAUAACGACCUUGUUCAAGCGAGUCUUAAACCACUUAACUCCAGCUUACCAAAGUCUGUUACACAAUCACUAUGAAUGUGAAUUAAUCUACUACAACUGGCAAGUAAACGCUCUUGGACUCUAAUAAAUUUGGUUUUAUAUAGCUCUGAAGAUAGUUCUGUAUGAGCUGCCUUGGUGACAAAAUAUAUAAAACACAGGGCUAGGAUUUCAUAAUUUCACCACCCUCCCCCCUCUUUCCCAAGGAACACGGCUAAUUUAAACAGAAAUGACCAGCAUAAUAAAUACCUAAUUUGGCAAACCUUAAUGUGCCCUAUGUGCUGCGAGGUAUGGAACUUUUAUUUGCAAGAAUCCCAAAAAAACGCUUCCUUAUUAUUCCUCUAAUUUUCUAAACUACAUAAAAAUGAAUUUUCUUGUGUAAGUGGCUUGUAGUGAGAUCAGGUAAACAAUAUGAUUUUGCAAGUAAAACCAAGUGUUAAGGACUACUUUGGUGAGCCAAACUCAAAUCAAGUCAUUUAUUCUCUCUCGAAACAUUUUAUUAUUGACUUAUCAACCAUCAGGAUUUCAUCAAAAGCAAAGGACAUAAUAGCCGGUGUGUAACAAACUUUUUAAUUUUUAAGGUCUUGCCAAGAUCGCAAUAAAGUCAUACAUAUGUUUAAUAAAUCAAGUUAUUUUGAGGAAAAUUACAAGUCUAAUGCUUAUAAAUUUAAAAUGUAGUUCGAAACAUAUCUGACUCGAUCAUCAGUCUUAAAAAAUAUAACUUCUGAAAUGCAACAAUUUACUUGGAUUGAGAGACUGUUAUCUUGCAAUUACUAGUCCUAUUGGAAUUAUUAGUCAAUCUAGGAGAGAACAUGUGCAGUUUCACAGUUGAGCAAAAAAAAAAAAAAAA